AUAAAUUCUGUUUCCCUCAAUGACAACACACUCUGCUGUUCACUGCCUGAACGGCUUUCUGUUCUGCUAGUAAACUGUCGCAGUAUAAAGAACAAAGUCGAUAGUUUCAUGUCCUUGGUAGCAACCAUUAAGCCUCAAAUUGUAAUGGGCACUGAAUCAUGGUUGGAUGACUCUGUGUGUAAUGUGGAAAUUUUUCCGCCAGGUUUUACUGUCUAUCGGAAAGAUAGACAUGGGCAUGGCGGGGGAGUGUUUCUUUUAAUAUCAAAUACAUUGCCAAGCACUGAAAUUCUUUUUGAAAACAACUCUGAAUCUGUCUGGUGCCUCGUGAAUUUACCCAAGGGAAACAAUGUCGCGUUUGGGACAUACUAUCGCCCACCGGGCAGAAGUGAAUCAUUCGGUUUUCUGUCUGAUGCGCUAUCUUUUAUGCCUAACAGCGUAUUUCUCGGUGGAGAUUUUAACUUGCCGAACUUCAAUUGGACUGCUGGACGCGUAGCUGGUGAUGGCUCCCGUAUCUACUCAGAGUUUGAAGAACUGCUCGGAUUGUAUGGUUUGCAGCAGUACGUGCUGGAACCUACACGAGAAAACUCAAUUUUAGACCUGGUGCUUUGCAAUGAACCAAACUUAGUAUCGGGGAUUACUGUUUGCCCAGGUAUUAGCGAUCACAGGGCCGUUGUCGCAGAGCUUGGCGUACAGCGUGUACGGGCAUCACAAACUCCACGAAGAAAAGUGUUCAGCUACGACAGAGGAGAUUACGCUGCUAUUAGAAAUGAACUAGAAAACUUCUUCCCUACUUUUCAGCAUAUGUCAAAAGCACGCUGUCCGUUGGCUCUGUGGUCAACGUUCCGCGACAAAAUACUCAGAUUGGUCGAAAGUCACGUUCCAUCACGGUUUCCGGAAAGGUUAUUCCUGUAA